AUGAAGCGGAGGGAGCUGCAGGCGCUCUGCAAGCGCCACGGCCUCGCCGCCGGCGGCACCAACGCCGACCUCGUCGCGCGCCUCACCGCCACGCUCCCGGGUUCCGGCGAGGCGGUCGGGGUGGUGGUGGGGAAGGGGUGUCUGAAGCGGCCGGCGGGCGGGGAUUCCGAUGCGGCCAAGAGAGUCUCCUUCGACGUCGAGGAGGCGGAGGCGGGUGCCAGCGGGGGAGCACGCCGGGGGUCCCUGGCGACGGGUUCGCCGGCUGUCCCCAGGAAACGGGGGAGGCCCAAGGCCGGGGAGGCUCCUCCUCCUGCCGCCGCCAGAGGAAACGGAGGGGGUCGGCGGCUGACGCGUUCCCAAGCCGGCGGAGAUUCCGCUGACGAGAGUGACUCUGGAGAGGCAGAUGGUCCGGCGAGGCGGUCCGACACUCGGAAGAACCCACCCAAGGCUGAGCAGGAAGAGGAUGCAGCUGGCAGGAGGCAUCAGCUGAAGCGGAAGACCAGGGAGAACGAUAUCGAGGAUGUGGAUGGCAGCCUGCAAGCCGGAGUUUCUCGUAGGAGCACGAGGUCGGGUAGCCUUCUGGUCGAGCCUGAUGCCUUGCUGUCUCCUGUUGAGAAGAAAAGAGGGAGGAGGAAGGUGGCCGAUGCCAAGGAGAAAACAUCCGUCGCGGAGCAGCCGACCCAAGCUCUACCUUCAGGUAGAACUCUAAGAUCUGGAGCGGUGGUGGUCGCUCCAGUGCCACCUGUUGUUUCCGAUAGUAAGAAAGGCAAGAGGGAGGUGCAGGAGGAGGAGCCUGCUGUGGAGAAGGUGGCCGAGGUUGAAAUGUCUCCUGUUGUGAAGAAAAGAGGGAGGAGGAAGGCAGCAGAUGCCAAGGAAAAGACAUCAGUCACAGAGCAGCCUACUGAAGCUCUACCUUCAGGUAGAACUCUAAGAUCUGGAGUGGUGGUGGUCGCUCCAGUGCCUCCUAUUGUUCCUGACAGUAAGAAAAGCAAGAGGGAGGUGCAGGAGGAGGAACCUGUUGUGGAGAAGGUGGCUCAGGUUGAAAUAUCUCGUAGGACUACACGAUCAGGCACAGUAGCAGCUCCCUUGACUUCGCCCAAGGUCAUUGCAAAGAAAAGGGGGAGAAAGGCAGAUGAUGUGCACUCGGAUUCAGGGCUGGAUAAGAAAACGGAAAAUAAGAGGCAAUCCAGUAGACUCGGUAGUAGCAUUCACCAUCCUGCUUCUGCUGAAGAGGAAGCAACUCUUGAACAAGCUGCUGCUCCCAUCAAGGGGCUCCCACCAAGGAUAACUCGUGGAACCAUGCUCAGUGGCGCCAAGGAUGGCGUGGAAAAGCUAGACGAGCAUGUGGGGUUGAAAAAGAGUAAACUCCGGAAAGGCAGUGCAACGGUAGCUACAAGUGGCGGUGAAGUUCCAUUUUCUGAUGGCAGUGGUAAGGCUUCUGCUACAGACAUGCAAAUAGAGGUACCUGGGCCCGUGAGAAGAUUUACACGGAAAUCUGUUGUUCCAUCGUCUCUUGAGCCUGAAACUAAUGGCACACAUGAAGAUGUGGAGAAGAAACAAACUGUGACAAAACCUGCUGGGAGAUCAACCCGUAGAUCUGUUGCCCCGGUUAUACUUGAGAAAGAGAGCAAGGGUCUCACUAAAAAAAUCGUUCCUGAAGAUGUGGAGAAGAAACAAGCAGUGACGAAACCUGUUGCGAGAUCAACCCGUAGAUCUGUUGCCCCUGUUAUACUUGUGAAAGAGAGCAAGGGUCUCACUAAAGAAAUUGUUCCUGAAGUGCAUGCUAAGCGACCAACACGGAAAUCUGUUGUCCCAGCUAUGCUUGAGAAGCAACCAACAGUCAAGCAACCUGUUAGAAGGUUAACACGGAAAUCCGCUGUCCCAGCUAUGCCUGAGAAAGAUAAGAAGGUUGUACCUGAUAUGCUCAAUAAUGACAAAGAGGAUCGUACUGAAAUGCAAAGUGAUACAGCUGGACAUUUGGAGAAACAACUAGCAGUGAAGGAGCCUGUGAUGAAAUCAGCUAGUAAUUCUGUUGUCCCAGAUGUGAUCGAGAAAGAGAAUGAGGGUUUAAACGAAGAAUUGAAGUCAGAAGUUUCUGCGAGGACACCAGCAUGUAAGUCUGCUGUUCCUAAUGCUGUUACUAAGAACAAUAAGGAUCACAAUGAAUUUGUCAGAACGGAAGAGCUGAGUGUUAAGACAAGGAGUGCACAUACAAUCCAAGUUGCUUUGCAGAAUGAUGAGAGUCUGCAGCGAACAACACGCAGAUCUUCGAAGUUAGUGACAUCACCGCCACAAUCGAAGCCCACUGCUUCAAAGGGAAGACCUGCGAAGAGGAGACGGACAUCAUCUUUGCAAGAAGAUAUUCCUGCUGAAGAGCAGGAGGAAGACCAAAUUGCGUAUGGAGCCCACACGAAAGAUGUAAUUGAAGUAAAAACUACUACUGACUUGGAAAUUGGAGUGCUGCCAUCUGCAGCUGAAAAAUCAGAUUCGCGGGAUCCACAGCUUAACACUGAGCUGGCGAGCAUGAUAGCUGAGGAACCUAGAGCCCACAAAGAUGAUGUGAUUGAAGUAGCAGCUUCUACUGACUUGGGGAUUGGAGUGCUGCCAUUCACAGAUGAAAAAUCAGAUUUGCAGGAUCCACAGCUUAACUCUGAGCUGGAGGGCUUGGUAGUUGUGGAACCUGGAGCCCACACAGAUGAUGUGAUUGAAGUAGCAACUUUUACUGACUUGGAAAUUGAAGUGCUGCCAUUCGCAGCUGAGAAAUCAGAUUUGCGGGAGUCACAGCUCAACUCUGAGCUGGAGGGCAUUGCAGCUGUGGAACCUGGCCUUAGCCGUGAUGAAGAUGAUACUAAUGUUUUGGAAAGUGAGCUGGAGGGUACAGCAGGUACUUCUACUGACUUGGAAAUUGGGGUGCUGCCAUUCGCAGCUGAGAAAUCAGUUUUGCGGGAUUCACAGCUCAACUCUGAGCUGGUGGGCAUGGCAGCUGUGGAACCUGGCCUUAGCCGUGAUGAAGAUGAUACUGAUGUUUUGGAAAGUGAGCUGGAGGGUACAGCAGGUACCACUGAGAAGCCUCCAUCCAAUUUACCAAUUCCGGACAGUAAACAUGUAGGAGCUUUAUCAGAGGAGGCAGUGCACUCAAUUGAAAGUGAUGCUGGAAGGUGCUCUGCAAAUUUUGAACAAUCACCCACUGGGCUACAGUUCCUAUUCUCACAGGGAAUCGCAGAAAGAUCCGCUACACAUAAUGCAAUUCCAUGUCCUGAAAACAGUGUAGAAGAAUCAGAUGUCCACAAGGUUGAAUGUCAAGUUGAAACAGCUGUUUCUUCAAAAUCUGACUCAUAUAAUUGCUCUGAUGAAAAUUCAGUAAGAGCCGAAGAAAGCGGGGGUUGUACAUUUUCGUCUCAGCAAAAUAAUGAACAAGAAGGGUUUUCAGUAUCCAGUUGCCCAAAAGAUUUGGUUUCGUCUGCCCAGUUAGAUCCGCCCGAGGAUGCGGAUCAUGUAGUGAGGGAUGUUUUUACGAAGGACUUGAUUUGCAAGGAGGAAGAGAAAAAGCACUAUAUUCCUUCUUCAGAUAUUAAUGUUCCUCAUGAAAUAUCUCCUGCCAAUGAACCUGCCGAGAAUGCUUCUGGUGUUAGUGGAGAUGUAUUUUGCAUUUCACAGAGCACCCGUAUUUUUGAUGAAGCUAACUCUGAUUCUUCACGAUCAGAAUCAGCGGAUGCUUUGUAUAAUCGAAUAGCAUCUUCCAAUACUGAAGCAGUUCAACAAGAUAAUAAAGAGGAGUGGAAUCUACACAAUGGAGUCACUCAUGGCAUCCAUGGGAGUGGCAUGUCCGAAGCUGCACAGGUUGAGGCAUCAGGGAGUGGAAAAAUGCUGCUGCCAGAUGUAGAAACAUCAGCAUUUCAAGAUGCACAGAUUAACCACAAGCAGGAGGGCAAUGAAUCUGAAGAACACAGCUUUAGCUGCAGUAAAGACGAAUCUGGGAAGAACGAUAUGUCUCAGCUGGCCAAUGAAUAUGUUUUGGAUUCUAGCCAGGAGAAGGAGCUUGAGCUCUCACACGACCUAUCUGCUGUUAAAUCUCCGAAAGUAUCUACAACUUGUCAGGAUGAUGAGCUUGUAAUAGGAUCAGGGAUUGGUCAAACUAGUGGUUGCAUAGUACAAGGAAACAACAUUGCUAUGAAUGCCCCUGGUACUGUGGAGCAAGGGGAUGACUUGAACCCAUCUGCAACUGCCUUGCUCAGCAACAGGGAGAACACACCUGCCUCUAAAAUUGACGCUCCUGAGGUUAGCAGUGAUAACUUGUUCGUGGUGGAUUCGUCUGCACCAGCGGUGCAGAGUGUCAGUGGUAGACUGAGGGAGGCAGGACUUGCUGUGGACAAUCCUGAUAAUAAAAUAUGUAUGGAGCAGGUCAAGCAGCAAGUACUAGAAGGUACCCUAGAGAACACAGCACUAGGUUCAGCUACACCCGAGUCUAAUCAACAACGUGGAUUAUUUGAAGAAGCAGAACUACACUCAUUAACGGAGGAGAGAUGUUCAGCCUCUGUUACACCAGAGGGUAAACAUGACUGUGGAUUACCUGAUGAAGUAGAACCACACUCAUCGAAGAAUGAGAGAUGUUCAACAGGUGUUGAACAAUCACCUUUUAGUCUGCAGCAUCUUUUUUCGCAGGAAAGCAUAGAAGAACCCUAUGAAAAUGUUGCCGUUGCAGUUCAUGCUAAAAAUGAAGUUGAUAAGUCAAAAGACAUCCAUGUGGAAUGCGGAGUUGGUAAAUCACCUGUGCAAGAAGCUGUUUCAGACCAUGAUAGCAGUGUUGAUUUUGGUGCAGUUUCCAAAAGUGAAGAUUGCGCGCAUACUUCUGAUGAAGGAUUAGCGAUGUCUUGCCAUGAACAAGAACAGAUGACAUGUCAGCUAGACUCGUUGGAGGCUGCAAAUUGCAUGAAGGAAUUUACUAAUCCUGAGGAAGUACCGUAUGAUGAAGAAAAUAAGAAGCCUGUUCAUUCUACAUACAUUAUUUCUUCCUGUGAACCAAUACAUGCAAAUGAACCGGUUAAGCAUGCUUGUAGUCUUGGUGAUGGUCCAUUGAGCAGCUCACCAGUAGCUUCCACUGAUGGCACUGAUGUGCAUCCGCGUUCUAAUCCUAACCAGAUUGAAUCAAUUGAUUUCCUGGAUGAGCCAAAAGGGUCUUCCACUACUGACGCACUACAGCAGGGUCUCAAAGAGCAAUGCGACGAGCCUAAGGAAAACCAAGUUACUUUAUUGAGCACCUCACUUCUUGCUUCUACUGGUGACACUGAUGUGCAUCCGAGUUCUAAUCCUAACCAAUUCGAAUCAACUGAUCUCCUGGAUGAACCGAAAGGGCGUUCCAGUACUGAAGCACUACAGCAGGGUCUCAAAGAGCAAAGUGACGAACUGAAGGAAGAUGAUAGGAUAGGAGCUGAGACAGCCAAAGACUUGGAAAGUGAAGUUGAGAAAAUGGAUUCUUCAGAACCUGAUUCCAGUAAAGGAUCUGAUAUGCAUGGUGAUCUUGUGCUUCCAAGUGCUGAAAAUAAAUAUGAUGCCGUCACUUGUCAUGCUGACCCACAAGUUGAGAAAAUAGUUCCUUCAGAACAUGAUUCACAUCAAGGCUCUCAUGAACAUUCAACCCUAGAUGAAGGAAUUAGGGGUUGCAAGCUUUCGUCUCAGCUAGAACAUGAAAAAGAUGAGCAGCUAAUACUCCCUUUGCUGGCUGCAGAAACAUCAGCUUUGGCAGAUGAGCAGGCUAACUCCAAGCUGGAGGCAGGUGCAUUUGAGAAAUGCAACUUCAGUAGUGAAGACACAUCUCAGCUAGAACAUGAAAAAGAUGAGCAGACUCUAGCCCCUCUGCUACCUGCAGAAACAUCGGAUUUGUCGGAUGUGCAGGCUAACCCAAAACUGGAGGCGGGUAAAUUUGAGAAAUGCAACUUCAGUAGUGAAGGCACAUCUCAGCUAGAACAUGAAAAAGAUGAGCAGACUCUAGCCCCUCUGCUAGCUGCAGAAACAUCGGUUUUGUCAGAUGUGCAGGCUAACCAUGAGCUGAAGGCGGGUGAAUUUGAGAAAAGCAACUUUAGCAGGGAAGACACAAGUGGCAAAAUUGGUAUUGAAUUCCAAUUGCACAAGGACUCUCAUAUGGAUCCUAUCCAGGAAAAGGAUCUCCCAAAUGACCUAUCUGCACCUAAAUCUUCUGAACAAUCCACAAUUAUUCAGAAUGCGAAAACCUUGGCUUUGUUGGAUGAGCAGCCUAACCCUGAGCUGGAGGGGACUGAAUUCAAGGAAUUGAAAAGUAAAGAAGACUCCCAUGUGGAUCCUAUCGAGGAAAAGGAUCACCCAAAUGACCUACAUGCACCUAAAUCUCCCGAACAAACCACAGUUAUUCAGGAUGCGAAAACAUUGGCUAUGCUGGAUGAACAGCCUAACCCCGAGCUGGAGGCAGGUGAAUUUGAGGAACACAACUUAACCAGUGGAGACGCAGGUGCCAUAUUUGGUACUGCAUAUGUUAAGGCCGAUCUAUUGCAGUUGCAUGAAGACUAUCAUCCUAUCCAGGGAAAGAAGCUCCCAGAUGAACUACCCGCACCUAAAUCUCCUGUACAAUCCACAGUUGGUCAGGAUGCAGGAACAUCGACUUGGUUGGAUGGACAGCCUAACCCUGAGCUAGAGGCAGGUCAAUUUGAGGAAUGUAACUUCAGUAGCGAAGAUACAAGUGGUCAGGAUGCAGGAACAUCGACUUGGUUCGAUAGACAGCCUAACCGUGAGCUGGAGGCAGGUGAAUUUGAAGAAUGUAACUUUACUAGCGAAGAUACAGGUGGCAUAUUUGGUACUGGCUAUGAUGGGAGCAGUCUAUUCGAGUUGCAUGAACCUAUCCAGGGAAAGGAGCUCCCAAGUUACCCACCUGCACCGGAAUCUCCUAAACAGUCCAUUAUUGGUCAGGAUGAGAAAACUUUUGGAUCAGAUACAUCUCCAUUGCUGUAUGAGGAGUUGGACCUCGAGCUCGAGGGUGAGGAUUACAAAGAUGGUAAGAAAGAAUACAAUGAGCGUAAUGAUGAUCAAGCCACUGCAGCCAUGCUUUCAACUGGCAUGACCAAACCCACACUGACCGAUGGAUUGGAAAGUGGUAUGGCACGGGUGUCAGCUGCAGGAACGCCAGCAUUGACAGAUGAACAGCUUAACUCUAAGCUGGAGGAUGAUAAAGAACAAAACCUUUGCUUUGAUACUGACACUAGCAACUUCUCUGACGCUGGAUUAAUGGAGAACAGAAAUCUCUUUAGCUUGCCUGAAGACGUGCAUACUGAAGCUUGCUAUGAACGUGAGCUUCCAAUUGGUACACCCACAGCUAAAUCUGCUGGAGCAUCUGCAGUUUGUCCAUAUGGGAGUGUUCCUGGAUCAGUAGGAACCUGUCAAACUAGUAUUAGCACAAAGCUGCAGCGAUUCAAAAUUUCGAGCGCGGUCAAAGGAAGUUACAUCACGGAGCAAGGGGAGAACCUGAGGCCGAUUUCUCUGCAUGGGAACACGGAGAAUGUCCCUGCAGCAAACCCAGAUCACCCCGCAGAGCUGGACACAGACUGGUUGGAUGAGGACUCGUCAAGGCAAGGAGGCAACGAUGGAUUGUAGGUUGUUAAGUUAGUGUUCAGAGUUCAUUCUUCAACCUUUGGUUGAACGAAGAGACUAUAUCUGCCAGGAAACAAAGUCAGUUAUAUAUCUCACAGCGUGCUGCUGUGCUUAUAUAUUAACAAAGUGCCUCUUAGUUUGUCUUGUAGUUUAGUGUGUCGGUGAUAGUAGUAGACUCUGGUGCAGUUGUCUAAAGUAUUAUUAACCUUAGGUUGGUCUUGUGAUCCUGGCAUCAUGAACUUGUUAAUAUACCUGCGUUUGUCAUCA